GUGAGAGAAUAUGAGAGAGGGUGGGGAGGCUUAAAAAUCCCCGACAGAUUCUAACUUAUGAAAUCGCCCAGCGUGGCCACAUUUCUGCCUACAUCACCCUCCCACCCUCGACAAGAGAGCGAGACAGCCAGAAAAAGAGAGCGAGCGAGCGAGCUGCCAGCAUCUCUUGGCUGCCAAGGAGCGCGAAGCUGCUGCGCCUUCCUGAAGGGAGGAGAGGGAGAGGCAGCGGCGAAGUUAAAACAGGGACGCGUCCGCAGUCUCUCGCUCCCCUCCCGCGCGUGUGGACGGACUGAGAGCCAGGCAGCCUCGGGGCCAACGCAGCCCUCAGCCCCGCGCGCCAACGCCACCCUCCCGCUCCCUCUUCCCGCCCUCUCCUCCGCGCCUUCAGCCAGCGAGGAAGAGGAGCAGAGCCAAAAGGAGCGAGAGCUUUGGCCCCUCGACUCAGCGCCAGCGCGGAAAGCAGCACACGUCUUUCCCCGCUCGGCUCCUCCACUGGGUGCUUUCCCGCCUUGGCUCUGUUAUUGUUGUUGUUGUUGUUGCAGCUGCUGCUCUGCCUCAAAAGAACCGGCUCCUGCGCGGCUGCUGCUCCGGGAGUGAGCGCGCACUCACUCGCUCGCUCUCUCGCGGCUCCCGGGGAUUUAUUAAAUGCGCGUCGCGGAGUUCGCCAUUCAGAACGGACUAAUCUAGCUGCAUGGGAGGAGAUGAAUGUGGCGGGGAAGCCGUCUCCUCAGCCACAGCUCGAGCGCCCGGACAGCCUCCUCGUCCCCACUUGGACAAAAACUGGUAUUGCAUUGCUAUAUGACGAAAUAUCCGAAAACGCCUAUGAAAUCCGACUGAAGCUUACAAAAGAGGUACUAACAAUUCAAAAACAAGAUGUCAUCUGUGUUAGUGGAAGUGAUCACAGUGCAAAUCACAGAACUGUUAAACUUCGUAGACAACCAGUUGGUGGCUUGGGCUUAAGUAUAAAGGGUGGUGCUGAGCACAAAGUGCCUGUCGUCAUAUCAAAAAUAUUUAAAGAUCAAGCAGCGGACCAGUCAGGAAUGUUAUUUAUAGGAGAUGCAGUAAUACAGGUUAAUGGCAUAAACGUAGAAGGUGCCACCCAUGAAGAAGUGGUGCAUCUACUGCGAAAUGCUGGCGAUGAAGUUACCAUCACUGUUCAGUACCUCAGGGAAGCUCCAUCAUUUCUAAAGCUCCCAUUGGGUUCCCCUGGACCAUCAAGUGAUCACAGCAGUGGCACGUCCUCCCCUCUCUUUGACAGUGGUUUACACUUAAAUGGAAACUCAACAAAUACAGCGCCAUCAUCACCUUCUUCACCCAUAGCUAAUGAACCAAAAUAUGAGAAGCGCUGGCUGGACACCUUAUCACUUCCUUUGUCGAUGGCCCGAAUCUCGAGGUACAAAGCUGGAACAAAUAAAUUAAGAUCUAAUGCAUUUGAAGUACUGGCACUCGAUGGAGUUAGCACUGGGAUACUUCAGUAUUGUUCAACCCAGGAGAGUGUUGACUGGCUGAGAGCAUUAUCAACUAACAUCAAUGAUUUGACACUACAAAAUAUGAAGAUGGCAAAUAAAUGCUGUUCUCCCUCAGAUCAGGUCAUUCAUAUGGGGUGGGUGAAUGAGAGGCUCCAGGGCGCAGAUUCCCCUCAGCUCUAUAAAUUCAAGUUCCUGGCAUUGAAGGGUUCGUCAUUCUACAUAUUCAGCACGCCACCGGUUAGCACUCUAGACUGGGUACGAGCUGAAAAAACCUAUAACCUCUGUGAGGUUCUAUUUAAAGUACACAAGCUCUGGCUUAAUGAUGAUUGCUGGCUACAAGCAAACUUAUAUCUAGGUAUUCACCAAGACUAUGAGCUUGAAGACCAGAGGGCAUAUUGUUUCAGUGUUGUGGUUGGACAUGGCAAGAGCCACUAUUUCAAUGUGGAACUGGGGAGUGACCUGGCAGUAUGGGAGAAAUCAUUUCAAAAAGCAAUUUUUUUGGAAGUUCAGAGAACAGGGUCUAAAACCUAUACAUGUAGCUGGCAAGGAGAAAGCUUGUGUUUCACCUUAGACUUUGCUUCGGGAUUCACCUGCUUUGACAACAAAACAAAGAAUGUCCUCUGGAGAUUUAAAUUUUCUCAGCUCAAAGGGUCAUCAGAUGAUGGGAAAACUCGUGUGAAGCUGCUUUUCCAGAAUACUGAAACCAAACAAAUUGAGACAAAGGAACUAGAAUUUCAAGAUUUGACAGCAGUUUUAAACUGUAUUCACUCAUUUAUAGCUGCUAAGGUUGCCUCUGUGGAUCCAUUAUUUAUUGACAGCCAGAGCAUUGCAAGAAAAUAUACCUACAGUAAUUGAAGAGAUUCUAUGUUGUGAUUAUGACAGAUAAAUUAUUUUCUUAAAGAAAAAAAUAUUUCAUGCACAAUAUUGCGAUCCCAUGUGAUUUUAUAAGAGAUAUAUAGUUGUGUUAUCAAUAAAAGUUACUAGUUUUCA